GACCCAUAAAAGGUGAACACUGAACUUUGAAAGAUAAGAUGGUUUUUCAGGUUCCUACUUAACAGAUGAGACUGUCAGACAUUCCACAGGACACAGAAAGAAGCAACUGAGAGACACUAGGCCUAUGGACUGAAUAAGGAUGCUCUAAUGUUACAGUGCCAUAUGGAUCAUGGUUUGAGCACACCCGUGACUGGCUGUCUAUGAGAAAAAAUUACAACUUCCUGUUACUCAGCUAUGAAGAAAUGAAAAAGAAUACAAGGGGAACCAUAGAGAAGAUCUGUGACUUCCUAGGAAAGAAAUUGGAGCCCAAUGAGCUAGAUCUGGUACUCAAGUACAGCUCCUUCCAAGCCAUGAAAGAAAACAAAAUGUCUAAUUAUAGUCUUGUCCGAGAAGUUGUGAUUACUAAAGGUUUGGUCCUCAUGAGAAAAGGUGUGGCUGGGGACUGGAAGAAUCACUUUACAGUAGCUCAAGCUGAAAAUUUUGAUAAAGUAUUCCAGGAGAAAAUGGCUGGUUUUCCUCCAGGACUGUUUCCAUGGAAAUAAAUUCUUAAAACUUUAAAAUCUUA